AAACACGGCUGUCAAGGUGUGAGGUGAGGCCAAGGCUGUGGUGGCUACUGCAGGGGAACUUCCAGGCUCCAUCUGACCCCAUCCCUGCUGCAGCUGGGCUGGGAUAAUCCCUGGAGCAGGAGCGAUGAGCAAAACCUGCCGGCACUGAACUGACGCCUUGAGAAAGAGACUGCAGGGAGAGGCACCCAGGAGCGUGGUCUGGAAGCGGGGUGUGCCUGGUUUGUGCAGCACCAAAUGCGAGGCAGGCAGACUCAGCCCACAGGAGUUGAAAGUCGGCGUCUCUGGCUGUAACACAGCAGCUCAGCACUGCUUGCUAAAUGGCCUCAGGUAUGGAUGGGAAGAAAUGCAGCGUGUGGAUGUUUUUACCUCUUGUCUUUACCCUGUUUACAUCAGCUGGAUUAUGGAUAGUGUACUUUAUAGCAGUGGAAGACAACAAAAUUCUCCCACUAAGUGUAUCAGAUAGGAAACCUGGUUCCAAAAGACCACCUUAUAUAAGUAUUGCAGGUGAUGCACCUCCUGCAAGCUGUGUGUUUAGUCAAGUCAUGAACAUGGCAGCAUUUCUAGCGCUUGUUGUGGCCGUCCUGCGCUUCAUCCAGCUGAAGCCAAAGGUGCUCACGCCUUGGCUGAACAUCAGCGGCUUGGUGGCACUGUGCUUGGCCUCUUUUGGGAUGACCCUGCUCGGCAACUUUCAGCUUUCCAAUGAUGAGGAGAUCCACAACGUGGGCACGUCGCUGACCUUUGGCUUCGGGACGCUGGCGUGCUGGAUCCAGUCUGCCCUUACCCUCAAGAUCAACCUCAAGAACGAGGGGCGGAAAGCUGGCAUUCCACGAGUGGCUCUCUCAGCCAGCAUCACCCUCUGUGUGGUGCUCUAUUUCAUCCUUAUGGCCCAGGGCAUUCACAUGCAUGCUUCCAGAAUCCAGUGGGGCCUAGUGAUGUGCUUCCUGUGCUACUUUGGCACCUUUGCAGUGGAAUUCAGGCAUUACAGAUUUGAGAUAAUUUGUUCUGAGUACCAGGAAAACUUUCUGAGCUUUUCUGAAAGCUUAUCAGAAGCCUCUGAGUACCAGACAGAUCAGGUGUAGCCUGUCCUCUGGCAGGGG